AUGAAUUCUUCAAAAUCUUCUUUAAUUGAAUAUUUAAAGGCAAUUGAAAGUGAAAGAUUUGAAGAUGCUGUAAAAAUAUUGGAUGAUAUCAUCAAGGAUAUUCCUGAUGCAGAAAAAGAUUCAUUAAUAGUAUGUUUGAAAUUUCGUAUAUGUGCGUUAUACAAAAUUAAAAACUAUACAUUGAUUAUACUUGAUUGUUUAAAAUUAGAACAAUUAGGUAUUGAUAUUGAUAAUGAUUUAGAACUAUCGACUAUAAAAAUGUAA